AUGGCUUCCCUCGCCCGUCGUCCUCCUCUCCUUGUCCCGGCUGUGGCCCGGCACACGGCCACCGUCAUCUUCAUCCACGGCCUUGGCGACACCGGCCAUGGCUGGGCAUCCGCCGUCGAUCACUGGCGCCGCCGCCAACGCCUUGAUGAGGUCAAGUUCAUCCUGCCCCAUGCGCCUUCGAUUCCCGUCACUGCCAACUGGGGCAUGAAGAUGCCUGGUUGGUAUGACAUUUUUGCAAUCGACGGGAGCGCAGAAGCUCUCAGGCGGAACGAAGACGAGGCUGGGAUCCUGAAUAGCCAAGCGUUUUUCCACGACUUGAUCCAGAAGGAGAUCGACUCGGGCAUCCCGGCCGACCGCAUCGUCAUCGGCGGCUUCAGCCAGGGCGGCGCCAUGAGCCUGUUCAGCGGCCUCACUGCCAAGCCCAAGCUCGCGGGCAUAGUCGCCCUGUCAUCUUACCUCCUCCUGAGUUUGAAAUUCCCCGAGCUCGUGCCAAAGCCCGAGUUCAACAAGGAGACGCCCAUCUUCAUGGCCCAUGGCGACGCUGAUCAGGUUGUCAACUAUAAGCUGGGCACCAUGAGCCGUGACUUGCUCAAGGAGUUGGGGUACAAUGUCAAGUUCGAGACCUAUCCGGGCAUGGGUCACUCUGCUUGCGUAGAGGAGUUGGAUGCGAUCGAGAAUUUCUUGGCCGAGAGGCUGCCCAAGCAGGCUGAUAAGUCGGAGCUAUAA